UAAAAAGGAGGCACAUUUCAUCCUUUAUUGCUGAUUCAUAUAUUUUCCUAAACCUCCUUUUUUUUUUUUUUUCACUCUUGCAAACAUGAUCCACAUAUGUUGCUGGCUUGCCUGACUAGGAGUGUAAAAUCCUCAAUGUAUUCCAUGGUAAGGAGUGCAAAUGAAAGGAUAAGAAUCCCCCCUCCCCUUCCCACAUAGUGGAGCGUAAACAGCGCUAGCUUUCCACCAUCUCCCUCCCUCUGAUACCCCUAUGCAGCCCACGGGUUCCUGCCAAAUCCUGAGGUGUCACCCGAAGAGGUGCUUAUCAAUAAACAAAUUACACCAUGUUCCUAAAUGAUUAAUCACUAAGAGCAAGGCAAAGAGAGCAGCGUCAGAGGAAAGCUCAGGGGGAUCAGGAUACCUGCUUUGAAACGGCUGCGUUUCGAUGUUUAAAAGAGAGAUCGGGACCGAGCUGAGCUGGAGGUGCCUAGAGAAACUGUAAGCAUUCUGAGGUUUUAAUGCGGAGAAAGCAAAAUUCGUCAGAAUAGAGACGGACAAGGAGGGAGAGCGAGAAGAAUAAAGCUCUUGGAUGCAGAGGAACCUCUGACUGCAGCAUCCGCGAACAAUGCUGUAAAAACCACAGGAAGGAGACACAGGAGAAGAAGGCUGUUUUAGCCAUACCUCUCAAAGAUACCCUGGAAGACAAUUCGAUAUGUCCUGCACCACGUUGAUACAAGGACUGUGCAAGCUAUUAAAAUGCCAGAACAAAGUAACGACUAUCGAGUUGUUGUUUUUGGAGCUGGGGGUGUUGGGAAAAGCUCUCUGGUCCUACGUUUUGUAAAAGGGACUUUCCGUGAUACAUACAUCCCCACAAUUGAGGACACAUAUCGUCAAGUGAUUAGCUGUGAUAAAAGUGUGUGCACCUUGCAGAUCACAGACACAACUGGGAGUCAUCAGUUUCCAGCCAUGCAACGACUCUCAAUUUCAAAAGGCCAUGCCUUUAUUUUGGUUUUCUCUGUCACAAGCAAACAAUCCAUUGAGGAGCUGAAGCCAAUUUAUCAGCAAAUUCUGCAAAUCAAAGGGAGCAUAGAAAGCAUCCCUGUCAUGUUGGUGGGAAACAAAUGUGAUGAGACUCAGCGUGAGGUGGAGACAAAAGAAGUGGAGGCCUUGGCUAAGGAAUGGAAAUGUGCCUUUAUGGAGACAUCAGCCAAGAUGAACUACAAUGUGAAGGAACUUUUCCAAGAGCUGCUAAACCUGGAAAAAAAAAGAAACAUGAGUCUAAAUAUUGAUGGAAAGAGGUCAAGCAAGCAGAAGAGGGCAGACAAAAUUAAGGGAAAGUGUAGUGUCAUGUAGGUAAACAAAAUGAUGACAGCCAUUUAAUUCUCAUUUUUGGUAAUGCUAGUUAUUUAUUUUGAAGAAAUAAAGAAUACAUGUCACAUUGCUGCAUUAUAACACUGUGACCAUACAGGCACAUACUAUCCGUCUUGCACAUCCAUUGUGCAACACUGUUACUUUUGGCUAGUAUCACUAUUACUUGAUUUUUUUAAGGCUUAUGGGAAACCUGGCAGAAAAUCAUAUUCUUAGCACAGCUUAUUUUUAAAGAAAAUAAGAAACAAAGGAUAUCUCUACUGUGAAUAAAAAUGAUCUCAUUCAUGACCUUAAUCAGCUAUAGAAGAGGGUAUUCUUUUCUCUGCUGAAUUCCAGCAGAAACAACACAAAAACAAUGUAAGGUCAUGUUUCUUUCUCAGUUUAUAUGAGUGAGUGGUGCUCUAAUAAAGUAUCAGGGAAAAAAAAACAGACGCACAACCAAGUUAGAAUAUUUCAAAUAGUGAAUGAAGAAAACAUUUUUGAGCUAGAAGAAAUAAACUAAAGAAGAAUAGGCUAGAUUGCUGGAUGCAAAAUCAGAAACAAAAACAGUUACACCCUUUUUAUUCAUAACUAUGAGGUUAGCUAUGAAAAUACUGUAUUCUAAAAUGACUAUUUAACACUGCGGUGAAAUGACAUGCCCCAGUACGGAUUCCAAGAUGACUCUUCGGGAGAAAUAACAUAUUCACUUUGUAAGCUAAAAGAAGCAUAAAAUAACUUGUGGGACUUUAGGGACUCAGUAAGAGUUUGAUUUUGGAAUACAUAGUACCUGUCAGGUAUGAAAAAAAAACAUAAAGUGAUGAGCUUGACACAAUUUCUAUAUAUGUUCAUAUCUCAUAUAUCAAUCCACAUGUUUACAAAAUACACGUCCUCCUCUGAGUUUUGUUCAAGUAUAUUCUAAAACCAGAAGGUAACAUAGAGUCAUUCAUACAGGUUAAAUUGCCAAAAACUUAAAUGACUCAGUCAUGAGAUGUGUCUCUUUACAUUUCUGGAUUUAAAUAUUCCAUCCUAGGGACACUGAUUCAGCUUUAAUUUUGUUCAAUAUGGAGUUACUGAAUUUUUUUUUU